AUGUCCAGCUCGAGAGGUGCUGGGGAUUUCCAGCGAGGCCGGGGCAGAGGAGGCGACCGUGAUAGAGGGCGUGGUGGAGAUCGCGGCGGCGGCCGUGGAGGAACCAUGGAGCUGCCAUUCCGCCCCAACGAGUCUAGAGGAGGUUCUUUCCGUGGAGGAGACUCGCGAGGCCGGGGAGAUGGAUCCAGAGGUCGUGGAAGAGGCGAUUAUAGAGGCGGUGGCAGAGGGGAUUUUGGAGGCAGAGGGGGGAGAGGGGGAGGCUUUCGUGGUGGUCGAGGGGAUCACGGCCCUCGCAUCUUCUCUCAGGGUAAUCGUGUCCCAUCACCCAGUUCGAAGGUCGAACAGACUGAAACCGCCAUUGCCAAAGCUCUGGUGGUGAAGCAUCAGAAGUCAGCUGGCCAGGCGCGUUACCCCGAGCGUCCGGGAUAUGGCACACAGGGUACGCCAGUGACGCUCUACGCCAAUUACUUUGAGUUGAAGUCUGUGGGGAAGGAGUUGUUCCGCUACAACGUGGAUAUUCUCGCCGAUUCAGCCAGGACCAAGCCCACUGGGAAGAAGGCCCGCCAGAUCAUCCGGCUCUUGCUCGACGAGCAUUUCCUGCAAUAUUCAAAUAGCAUCGCGACUGAUUACAAGUCGACCCUCAUCUCGAGAGUCGAGCUGCCAAGCCAGGGCCAGUACGACGUGCGUUAUAAAGAUGAAAAUGACGAUGACUAUCCAGAACAGCCCCGGGUGUACCGCGUCGACUGUCAGUUCACUGGAAGACUCAACCCCGGUGACCUUCUUAACUACCUAACGUCUGCAAAUUCCUCUGCUAUGUUCGAAUCCAAGGCGGAGGUGCUUCAGGCGAUGAACAUAGUCAUGGGCCAUCAUCCCAAAACGGACCGAACUGUGGCAUCGGUUGGUGCGAACAAGCAUUUUGCAACGCACCCUGACCUGACUGAGCGAUACGAUCUCGGUGCGGGUCUCGAAGUCCUGCGAGGCUUUUUUGUCAGCGUCCGAGCGGCAACUGCACGCAUUCUCGUUAACGUCCAAGUCAAAUAUGCUGCGUGCUACCAGGAAGGACCAUUAGGGAAUGUGAUCAACGAGUACCAGCGUGGCAACAGCCGGAAUAUCUACAAGCUGGAGGCUUUUGUGAAAAGGUUGCGCAUUCAAGCCAUUCAUAUUGUCCGAAAGAACAAGAAGGGACAGGUUGUACCAAGGAUCAAGACCAUUGCCGGGCUUGCAACCAGGGCAGAUGGCGCAUCGCUUCCCCAUCCUCCGAAGGUCGCAAGACACGGAGCCGGCCCCAGGGACGUUCAAUUCUUUCUCGAGGCGCCGGGUCAGAAGAGCGAGCCCGGGAGUUCCAAGGGGAAGAAGGGCAAGAAGCCUGCAAAGGCGGGCCCGGAAGCAGCUGGCCGAUAUGUCACUGUUGCCGAUUUCUUCUUGCAAGAAUACAAAAAGACCCUGGAUCCCAACAUGCCAGUGGUUAACGUCGGCACAAGGGAGAACCCAUCUUAUCUGCCAGUUGAAGUCUGUAUUGUGGAACCAGGCCAGCCUGCCAAAUCCAAACUGACCCCAUUCCAAACCCGAAACAUGCUGGCCUUUGCUGUCCGCACCCCGCCUCAGAAUGCACAGUCGAUUGUGUCCAAGGGUACCGAUGUCCUGGGACUUAAGGACCCUCUUAACCCCACGCUGGAGAACUUUGGCAUACACCCAGACCUACAACUUGUCACGGUGACUGGACGGGUUCUUUCUGCUCCACGCGUAUACUACAAGGAUGCCAAGUCUAACCCACGACACAUCGACACCAUGGGAGGUAGUUGGAACAUGAAAGCAAUCAAGUUCUCCCGGCCCACCUCAAUGGCGUCCUGGACUUGGCUCUAUAUCGACAGCGAAAAGACCAGGCCACACUUCGAGAACCCCAACGCCCUGAACGCCAAACUCCAGGAAUUUGCGGCCAAAUUGAACGAGAUGGGUGUCACGACGCCCGCGCCGAAGCCUGGAAUGAUGAUCAAAUUGACAGGCAACAACCACGAAGGCGAGAUCUACCGGGCCGUCGAGGAGCUGAUGAAGCGGCACAACCCCAACCUGAUCCUGUCGAUCAUGUACGGCAGCGACACCGAGGCGUACAACAGCCUCAAGAAGGUCUGCGACGUCCACUGCGGCGUGCGCAAUAUCAACGUGCUCGCGGAGAAGCUGAGGGGCGCCAACGACCAGUACUACGCGAACGUCGGGCUCAAGUUCAACCUGAAGCUCGGCGGCGCCAACCAGUCGCUGAAGACGAGCGAGCUGGGCAUCGUCGCCGAGGGCAAAACAAUGCUCGUCGGCAUCGACGUCACCCACCCGUCCCCGGGCUCCUCGGCCACAGCCCCCAGCGUCGCCGGCAUGGUCGCCUCCAUCGACUCCUCCCUCAGCCAAUGGCCCGCCGACAUCCGCAUCCAGACCUCCCGCCAGGAGAUGGUCUCGGACCUAGACGCGAUGCUCAAGGCGCGGCUGCAGCGCUGGGCGCGCACAAACAAGAACGCCCUCCCCGAGAACAUCAUCGUCUACCGCGACGGCGUCUCAGAGGGCCAGUACGACCUGGUCAUCGAGAAGGAGCUGCCGCUGCUCAAGAAGGCCUGCGUGGAGAUCUACCCUCCCACCGACACCAAAAAGAACCUCCCGCGCAUCUCCAUCGUCGUCGUCGGCAAGCGCCACCACACCCGCUUCUACCCGACCCGCGAUGAGGACGCUGACCGCUCCGCGAACCCCAAGAACGGCACCGUCGUCGACCGCGGCGUCACCGAGGCCCGCAACUGGGACUUCUUCCUCCAGGCCCACACCGCCAUCAAGGGUACCGCCCGCCCCGCCCACUACUUCACCGUCUGGGACGAGAUCUUCGCCCGCCAGAAACCCGCCGCCCCCUUCCAGAACGCCGCCGACGUCCUCGAGGACCUCACCCACAGAAUCUGUUACCUGUUCGGCCGCGCCACCAAGGCCGUCAGCAUCUGUCCUCCCGCGUACUACGCCGAUCUGGUCUGUACGCGUGCCCGUUGCUACCUGAGCAGUGUCUUCGACCCGACUCCCACGGCGACUCCUGCUGCGAGUGAGAUCGCGGGCAGUGGCCGGGGUGGUGUGCCUGAUAGCGGUGAUGUUCAGAUCCAUGGUAAUGUGCGCGACACCAUGUUUUACAUCUGA